CCAGCCCUGGUCGCGGCCCAUGGUGGAGGCGAUGCGCAGCGCAAAGCACUUCUUGCCCAGCAGGGCGUUGCCGCCGUAGCCCGAGCCAUAGCUCCAGAUUUCGCGCGUCUCGGGUAGUGGACGAUGUACUUGGUCUUGUUGCAGGGCCAGCUGGUCUGGUCCUUCUCGCCUUCGGCCAGGGGCGCGCCCACGGUGUGCACGCAGGGCACGAACUCGCCUUCCACGCCGAUCACGUCAUACACGGCACGGCCCAUGCGGGUCAUGAUCUUCAUGUUGACGGCCACAUAGGCGCUGUCGGACAGCUCCACGCCCACGUGGGCGAUGGGCGAGCCCAGCGGGCCCAUGGAGAAAGGCACCACAUACAUGGUGCGGCCGGCCAUGCAGCCGUCGAACAGCGGCUGCAGCGUGGCGCGCAUCUCGUUCGGGGCCAUCCAGUUGUUGGUCGGGCCUGCGUCUUCCUUGUUGGCCGAGCAGAUGUAGGUGCGGUCCUCGACGCGCGCCACGUCGGACGGAUCGGACCAGGCCAGGUAGCUGCCGGGGCGCUUGACGGGAUCGAGCUUCUUGAAGGUGCCGGCAUCGACGAGCUGCUGGCACAGCUGCUCGUAUUCCUCCUGCGAGCCAUCGCACCAAUGGAUUUUGGCGGGCUUGCACAGUGCGGCCAUCUCGGCCACCCAGGCGAUCAGGCGGCUGUUCUUGACAUAGGCGGGGGCCUGGAUGUUCAGGCCUUGCAUGACGGUUUUUCAAAGGGGACGCGCCUGCUGCACCGCGCCAACUUUGAGAAACGGGCUCUCGUUCAGUCGGCGCGCGAAGGAAGCUCUUCUCUGGGCGGCGAAGCGGCGCUGGCGGAAGCUGGCGGCGCACGGCUGGGGAUUCGAUUCUAG